AUGACAUCAACACUCAGUUCGGCCGCAUGGGAAAUCGUUCCGAUCCCAUCGAGCGUAGCCCUGCCUACACCCACCUCUUGUUAUCCAAACAUCGCUCCUAAUGGUCUCAAUAUUACGGGACUCACAGGCCAGAUUUGCCAGGUCAAUGUUCCUCCAAACGAUGUCAACAUCACAUCCUGCUGCAACAGUGAUGCCGAGGUCCGUAUCCUGAAUGACUGCACCCAGUGGUGCGAGGCAGACGACGGAAACGGUUUCUUCGAAUGUGUCAACGACAUGGCCCCGUCGGCGUAUCCUUUCCUGGGCGGACCGUGUGUAGUCGUGUCUGCGAGCUCGACUUCAGCGAUGUCAUCAUCCAACACCGGAGUCGUAUCGACACCGUCUACUUCCCAAGAGACUCGGACGCCCGAGUCCACUGAGGCGUCGCCUUCCACCACUGAGUCAGAAGAGGAGGGUGCUGAAGCAACGGAGACUCCCGAUGUUGAAGCCGCGAUCCAGCAUCUCCAGGAACAAGGCUUCUUCAAUGUCACUUCGAGUACAAGUAGUCUCAGCAACGAGAUCGCACCAAUCUUCGCUCGCGACCGGUUCAUUGGCGUCUCAGAGAACAUGUACGAUAACAUGAAGCCUGCUCUACAGCUUGGCAGUCGAUUCGUAAGCGAUGAACGAGUUCUGCAGUAUUUCUGGCAUCAAAUGAGAAGCACGACCUCACCUUCCAAGACCUUCGCAGCAGACUUCCCGCCACCACUUAUCUACACCUCGACCUCUCAGAACGAACACCCAUCCGUCUUGAUGGCCGACUGGAAGGAGAAGCUUAGCAACUUAGCUAGCGUUUUGACGUGGAAGGUGCAAGCAUCCAAUCGUACACCGAAAGACAUGGAUAUGGCAUUAACCUUCGCAUUCAAAGACCUUCGAACGGCGUAUACAGCGUACGCGACUAAGGACAGAAGUCAUAACGAUAUCUUGGAGCUUUCAAACUGGCCUAAAAUCGAUCUAGAGACCAAGAUACGCUCUUGUAUGGUAGCUUGGUGCGAUGAUCAGAUGGGUGCGGAUUGGCGAUAUCGCCCGGGAGGCUUAAAACAAACCAGCCCUUCUGUGCUAUUGCACUCAUUCUUCCGCAACAUACUCGAUCCGAGUCUCAAAGCCACUACUCCAAGUACUUCUGAGCCUGCCGCUCCACCGAUUGUACAAAACCUGGGUCCUCAAUUUCUUCUCGCUGUCGUCCUGGUUCAUGAGCUGGCACAUUGUCUCGACAAGUUCCCGGACUUCAAGUGCGCGGACCUUCGAGGUCAAACGCGCGAAGCUUUUGCUAGUGAGGAAGAAGCCAGGGUUCUUCCAUCUCCCGAAUGCGGUCUCUCUUGGGAGCGGUCAGUCUUCGGCGAGCGUUCUGUCCGAUUUGUCCAAUUCAUUGCUGACCAAGGCAAGGCACCAAUGAGCUACACAGAUGUCAGCGGUCUUGCUGUUCCAAAGUUUUUCCACAGCGACGAUCCUCCCGCUGUUUCAUCCCCUAUCUUUACAAUCGGUGAGAAAACCUACAAGGCCACGACUGACUUUACGAGCUAUGAGAAAGCAUUGAUCCCGUGGCAAUGGAUUUCAGACUGGUUCCAGGAGUCGCAUUGGCAUCCCGAUCGGACUCAUGAACAAGUACUGGCCUUGCCCUCUUUGGGAUGGAAAAUGUCCUAUGAAUUCCCUGCGCCAGAUGAUCCGCCCACGAUCGCUGAUGAGAUUGUGAGGGUUCGGAUCAAAGUACCUCACGAUGAUGAGCAGGAAGAGAUGCGUAGUAACUGA